GUUUUGAUUGCGGGCGCUGUUCUUCUUCUUAAACUCUCAACGUUUCUCAACGUGAUCAUCGUUGGCGACGUCUCUAUCCCUAAAAACGACGGCGAGCUCAUUAUUAUGAACGUCGAACUCACUAACUGAACUCACUUUUUACAGGUACAGUUCAAUUCAACUACGGGGACGUCAUUGUCCCUUUGCAACGGUGUCUGCCAUUAAUCGCACCCACCUUACUCGUAAUCCUCAUCCCAGCGUGCAUAAGCUCGCAAAGUCAUCAAGACCAUCCACUAUCUUGCUAAUGAGCCUAUCUUUCGGCGGGCUUGGCUUGAUCUCCCUAUGGACCCCCUUGUAUUUCUGGGAUGACUCCGCCCGUGUUCGCAGUGAAUUCAGGUCUUUCGUCUUUGUUCUUGUAUUUGUCGCUGUAGUGCUCAUACUUGCGUAUCUCACAAAUCCCUCAGAGACAUCAUUCCGUGCUUAUCUAACUGAACAAUCCUUCCGCCAACACCUCAGCCAUCUUGAUGAUACCACAGACGAAUCUUCUGAUACUGAUGCCCAAUACUCCUCACGUCCCGUGGACCGUAACACACUGACUGACCGUACGCCCCUUCCGUUUCACUUUGCAAACCGCGCUUCAGUAUCUCUACGCACUCCCAAGCACAUCUUCCAUAGUGUUGGCAUUUGUACGAUCGCCACUACCCGCGGAGCUGCUGGGGCUCAUGGACGUAGUUCAAGCACAACUAGUCCACAUGGUAACGGGAAUUUGUCGGGUGUUGAUCAUGAUGGAUCGGUAGUUUCAGAUUCUUGGUUUAUUGGAGCAUUCGGUCACUGGUGGCGCGGCGGUCUCGUUGAUUCGUGGUAUCACGAUGCCAUGAUCGGAUCAAAGGAUGCUGAAGGCUGGAGCUCUGGUAUACUUGGCUUUAAGGCUCUCGACAAGCUCAAUGAAUUCAACAAAGGUCGACCGUUUGCAAAGUCGGUUCCCUGUCCCAGGCUUCCUUCACGUGGCACCCCACCUAGAUUGCGUAAUCGUGAACGUUUCACGCCGCGCCUUGGAUUAACUCCUCGCCGUAACUCGACGCCUCCGCCACUUCCCAAGUCAGCUUCACUUCCCCUGCACACAGAUCACCGAACGCUUGAGCACAACCUUCCAGUAUCUCAAUCGGUUUCCGACCAAACCUGUAUUAGCGUCUACGUACCGCCUGUUGCCCAGACCAUCUCAUGCGGCCCUUCGAGAUCUGUAUCCAUCGAUGAUUCGCCGAUGAUUGCAGAAGUCUUGAGGCAGAUCACUACCCAGCAAGCUUUCGUGACAGAACUAGAUACCCAAAUUUGCGAGGCCCAAACAGCGGCCACUGCGUCCCAUGAUGUGCUGGAGGCUGAAUUGGCCGAGCUGCGCAUACGUAAACGCGAUGAAGAUCAACGCAAAGCCGAAGGGAAAACUCGUGCCAAAAUGCUUGAGGAUGCACGACGCUCUGCUGAAACAGGGAGAAGAGAUGCCGAGAGGAAGCUGAAGGCCGCCCGUAGUGUGAAGGAGGGCGCUGUGAGGCGCAUUGAGGAACUGGAGAACGAAAUUGGCAGGUUAAUGGAUCAAAUUGAGGCAGACCGAGCGACUUUGCUUGAAGAAGCUGAGAUCGAGGACGCCAGACUAGUACAGGAAUUGGAGCAGGAGCUCGAGGCGAAGAAGAAGGAGGUUCGAGAUACUGAAGACGUCGUCACCGCGCUCAGCACACGUGCGAAGGAGCUCGAGGCUAAAAUCACAGAGGCUCGCGAGCGACUCGGAGCCGCUAGGGAGCGGACGGAGGUUCUGAAAAAUGAGCCACUGUUCGUCCCUAUGCAGGUUUUAAGCAGCGGUCAUGCCUCCACGCAAGAGCAAUACGGUCAUACCAACGGUCACGGCAAUGCAAAUGAUUAUGACGUGGGUCAAGCAGAUGUACCAUCCUGGUCUUCAACUUUCAGUCCCUUUGAUGAACAGUUAGACAUCCAUUCUUCACCAGGGUCUUCGGAACGCGCACAGAGCGGUCUUGAUUCAGGAGAAUUUUCACACUCUCCGAGACCUCCGCGACUGUCGUUGGGAUCACUAUCAAACUUCAGCCCCAAUGCAAGUGAAACGGGUGCUAUUUCGCGUCGCUCCAAGGGCUAUGCCAUCUUUGAUAACGAUAUCGCUUCCCUCGCGCAACCAUCACAAUCUGGUCAAAUUGCUCAUGGUCACUUCUCCCCCCAUACGAAUUUGUCAUUCUCUCCCUUUGAUGUCCAAACACCGUCUUCAGCAUUCAUCCCAAGUAGCCUCAUUAGCGUGCUAGACUCCCCUUCUGGAGACUGGCGCGGCAUUGGAAGAGCCGGAAGCACGCUCAGUGCGUCACCUGUGUCCCUCACUGGACCUUCGCCCACACAGGAAAUGGGCGUUGAGUAUGAUCCUUUCGAAGUUCGCCACCACACUCAAGCCAUGUACGACAAAAUGAGCACGCCUCACCGCACGAACUCUGAUCCCUCCGCCGCACGGGCGCUGGACAACACGCUUGUCAAUGAUGCCGCUACCAUAGGGUUGGAUUCCGGACCACGCAGGUGGUUCUCAACGUCUGCCAAGGAUAAGCAACGCAAGGGCCUCAAUCCUGAUGCCAAAGUUUUCAGGCUUUCAAGACGACAAGUUCCGACUACGUCUGAACGCACCAGCGCCCCUCCAACAGCUUGCUAUGAUGCACUGAACCCGAAUGGGCUCAUGAACAGCAAUUCCUCGACUCCAUCUGCCCUCCUUCGCGCCUUUGCUCCUUCUCGAGCGGAACGUGAAGCACUUCAACGUGCGCUUGGUGGUUCAACUAAUACGAGCCUCGAGCGUCUGCCGAGCCUCAGCGAUGUCGGAAGUAUUCCAUCUUCUCCGGCGCACACUAAUGCUGAGGCGCAGCCGGUGCCAGCGUUUGGGGGGAAGGGGGCUGUGUUACCUGCGUGGCUACAGUCGCUGCCGUUGAUUCGGAAGCCCAACUUCAGCCCGUGGGAGGACGAAGAACCUGACUCUGUGAGUGCAGGUGGAGAGCCCAGGAGGAAGUAGACGGUGUGUAGCAAACAGUGUGGGAGGGAAUAUACGAACCAUGGCGUUGAGUCGUCCUGGAAUGACGGAGUAGGUGUUCGCAAUAGAGAAAAAGGGGUGGGUGGAGUAACUGUAUCUGCUUUUCAAGUACCUGUUCGUCUGAUAUAUAUAUAUAUAUCGCAAUGCACGAAUCUGUUGAACCGUUU